AUGACCAAAAACCUCUUUUCCGUACCCAUCUUCUUCAUCGUCUUCCGGGAGACCCUCGAGGCCGCCAUCAUCAUCUCCGUGCUUUUGGGCCUCGCCGAACAGAUCAUUCACGACGAUCGGCGACCUAUCGUAGCGGCAGAGGCGAAUUCUGAGGAGAAUAGCUCUGGAAAUGAUUCGGAUAACGUCGUUAAGCGUCGUAGACUCAUCCGGAAGCUGCGAAUCCAGAUCUUCCUUGGUGCUGGAAUUGGACUUUUCAUUGCAUUUGCAAUCGGCGCUGCAUUCAUUGCUGUGUGGUUCACUAGAGCGUCAGACCUAUGGCAAAAAGCUGAAAAGCUAUGGGAAGGUAUCUUUCAGCUCAUCGCGUCCUUGAUGAUAUUCGUUAUGGGGAUAACCAUGCUCAAAAUGGAUCGAGCGAAAGCCAAGUGGCGUAUCAAGCUCCAAAAAGCAUUUGACGGUUCCAACGAGCGAGGAAGCGGUGCGACAGGGAAAUGGGCCUUUUUCGUUUUGCCUCUGAUCACGGUAUUACGUGAAGGUAUGGAAGCUGUGGUCUUCGUCGGAGGUGUCUCCCUCGGCCAAGCGGCAACAUCCAUCCCCAUCGCUGCUAUUGUUGGUCUUGUCUGUGGUCUCAUCUGCGGAUUCCUCAUCUAUCAAUUCGCAAGUCGGACGACCCUGACUAUCUUCCUCAUCGUGAUGACCAACUUCAUCUUGCUGAUCGGUGCUGGCCUUUUCUCCCGCGCGGUCGGCUCGUUUGAAGAUAACGCGUUCAAUCACCUCCUUGGGACGUCCGUGGAUGAUGCCGGAGGUAGCGGACCCGGCUCGUAUCGGGUGCAAGGGAAUGUAUGGCACCUCGACUGCUGUAACCCGAAUGACUACGAGAAGGGCCAAGGCUGGCUGGUCUUCAAUGCUAUCUUUGGAUGGUCCAACAAUGGUUCUUUGGGGACGGUGCUCUCGUAUGUGUUUUAUUGGAUUGCGGUAAUAGUCUCAUUGGUAUAUCUGAAAUGGAAAGAGGGACGGGUCAAGGUUUUGGGCGUCGAGUCUGCUGCCGGUUUGCGUCGACGUAUCAGACGAGAGGCGAAGCAAGAAGACUCGGUAACGAAUGAACAGAAGGAUGAGGCUGUUGUAGAGACGUACGCUCUACCGAAGUAA